AUGAAGCUUGUCGGCAAUACAAAGAAAGCCCUCGUGGUAAACCUCUGCUUCCUAAGUAUGGAUCGAACGUCUAAGUACUUCUCCAAGGAGAGGGGGAAGAAGAUAUCGAUAACGUACGAAGAUGUGCCGAAUGGAAGUAGCAUCAGGCGAGUGGGCGGAGUAGUGCAUCCCUUGACGUCAAAGCGGGAGGCGACUAACGGGGAGACAAGUCAACGUUUUGUGAAGGGAGAAUAUUCCAACGUGGAAGGGAAGCUCCUCCCUCUAGAGGGACACAUCCGAAGUGGUCGAAAGGGAGGACAGAGUAGGCAGGCCAGGCGGGAUGGCAAAGCCGCCACCAAGCGGGUGCCCGUAAAAAAGCAUGAAUUGAGGAAGGUUGACAGUGAGCUUAGGAGGAAGCUUGUUAAGGUGAUGGGGGGGUCAGCUGUUGGCGAGAGUGCUGUGAGGUUAGACGGGGGAGGUGCUGAUGGGCGUUGUUCUAAUCAGUGUGAUGAUCACCCCCCUAAUGAAGCUUCUAAUGAAGCUGCUAAUCAAACCGAUAAUGACACCGCUAACCACCCCGCUAACCACGCCGCUAAUGAAGCUUCUAAUCACGCUCCCCCCCAGGGGGAGGAGAAGCUGGCGCACUUCCUCCGGACGUACGAGAAGAUUAGCAAAAUGCGGCAGCAUAUCGUGGCACCUGUGGACAGGUACGGUUGCCACAUGCUGAGCGACAAAACGGAGAGUCCAAAGGUCUAUCGAUUCCAAACGUUGGUCUCGUGCAUGCUGUCCACAAGGACCAGGGACGAGAACACCGCCAUGGCAAUGAAGAAAUUAAAAGCACACGGACUCACCAUACACAACAUGCUAAAGACGUCCGAAGAGGAAUUAGAAAAAUUAAUACAAACGGUAGGCUUCUACAAGAUUAAAGCUAGGCAGAUCAUUCAGAUUAGCCAAAUAUUGAGAGACAAAUAUGAUUAUGACAUUCCACAGACAAUGGAGGAGUUACUAAAGUUGCCAGGCAUAGGGCAGAAGGUGGGUCACCUGAUUUUACAGACUGCACUGAACACACAUGAGGGGAUAGCUGUGGACAUACACGUACAUAGGAUUUCUAACCGGUUGAAUUGGGUGUGUACGAAAAAUGAGUCAGUUACGCAAUCCAAGUUGCAGAGUUAUGUGCCCAGAGCUCUGUGGUCUGAGUUAAAUCCUACCCUGGUUGGGUUUGGGCAGGUUGUGUGCAAGGCGAAAAGUCCGCAUUGCUCUAUGUGCGCAGUGGCGGACUGUUGUAAGUACUACCAGGACACUCGAGGGGGGAAAGCGGCCCUCGGCGCGAAGUGA